AUGGUCAAUAAUCAGAAUAGCUGUCUUGCGAAUAUUUUCCAAUACAUCCUAAUCAGUGUCCCCCUCGUAGCUGCACCAAGUGCAUUUUGGAUUAACCCACCUUCCGUAGGCCUGCCUGGAGAGUACAAGUACAAUAGUUUAAUCGAAGAAGGGAACGAUCAGACAUUGAAAUGGUUCAUAUUAUUCCCAAGGACAAACAUCCAGACGUUUCAACAACACGAGAACGGCUCGCUAGCGAAUCAACUGGCAAUCAAACGAGCAAAAUCCAGAUUACGAAUAACUGAAUACGAUUGGACUGUGGAUGCUACUGGUUUCUACUCAGAAGAUGGAAAGUCUGACUCUUUCAUAGUGUCGUAUUACAUCAAGGCCACUACGCGGCCUGUCGUUUCUAGCGUUAUAGCGCCGUCGACAUCACUCGCCAGCCAAAGACGUCUCCAUAACGAAUCCGACUACGCCGACCUCAGCUGCAUCAACCGUGUCAAAUGCAUCAGCCUCCGAGACCGAAAGGCGUAUAGCAUCGCCUAUAGCAAUGCCGACGGCACCUCCUAG